AUGGAGGAAAUCGACAUUCCAUCUUACUUUCUAUGUCCGAUUUCGUUGCAGUUAAUGAGAGAUCCGGUAAUAAUCUCCACCGGAAUAACCUACGACCGUCAAAGUAUUGAGAAAUGGUUGUUCUCAUGCAACAACGCCUUAUGUCCGGUCACCAAACAACCCAUCUCCUCCGCCGCCGCCGCAGACGACUCCGAUCAUUUAAUUCCCAAUCACAAUCUCCGGCGACUAAUUCAAGCCUGGUGCACUAUCAACUCCGACGCCGGCGUUGAACGAAUCCCAACUCCAACACCACCGAUUACUCGAUCCCAGAUCGUUAAAUUGCUAAACGAUGCCAAGAAAUCCGACCAAAAUCAGCUCAAGUGCUUCCAUGUGUUGAAGUCGAUGUCACAAAAUCAACUCAAACGUCUUGAAAAUUGCGGCGCCGCCGUGGAAUUUCUGGCCGGAAUUAUUCGAAACAGCCACACCUUCAGAGAAGAGGCAGUCAUUGUUUUGUUUAAUAUUUUAGGAGAUCACACGGAAUGCUCGUUUAAGAAGAUUGUUAAUAGUGAAAAUGGGAGUGAGUUUGUUGACUCAAUAACUCAAGUUCUUAACUCCGGUAGUUCUCAAUCUCGUGCUUGUUGUGUUAAGAUGAUGAGAUUCGUAUUCAAAUUAGUUUCCGACCCAAUUCAUUUGAUCGGUAUCAAGCUGGAGUUUUUCUUGGAGGUGGUUCGUGUUUUGCAAGACAAAAUUGCUAUAAAUGAUGCAUUAAAGCUCCUAUUGGAGAUUUGUCCAUGGGGAAGGAACCGGUUAAAGGCAAUUAAAUCUGGGGCGGUAGAGGCACUGGUGGAAAUACUCAUUGAGGUCGGAGUAGGAGAAAAAAGGACCAAUGAGUUAUGCAUGGUGGUUUUGGACCAGCUUUGUGGAUGUGCCGAGGGAAGGGCGGCGAUAUUGGAACAUGGAGCGGGUUUGGCCGUGGUUGAAAAAAAGAUAUUUAGGGUUUCACAUGAGGUGACAGAUCGGGCAGUGAAGAUAUUGUCGUAUGUAUCAAGGUAUUCGGGGAACCCUAAGGUUGUGCAAGAAAUGAUGCAAGUAGGGAUAGUGUCAAAGUUGUGUUUGGUUCUACAAUUAGACGAAGCAAGUUCGAAAACAAAGGAGAUGGCUAGGGAGAUGCUUAAGGUUCAUUCUAGGGUUUGGAAGAAUGCGAGUUGUGUUCCUGCUCAUUUGAUUUCUUUCUAUCCAUGUUCUUGAUAGAUAGAUUGAUAUAUUUAUU